AACAACCUAGCGAACUAAAGGUGUCCCUGUCUGGACAACAUACCUGUACCUCCAUUCACCUGUCCAUCGAUUAUAAAUAUCUAUCAUUCUACACAAUCAAUCUACACGAUCUAGCCCCACAUCUUUGCCCCAUUCCUUCCGCUCUCUUGGGACUAUAUUUGCAUCUGCGAGCGACAGUUUGAACAUCAAAUAACACAUAAAUAUGGAUAAAACAGAGCUGAUUCAGAAAGCCAAGCUGGCGGAGCAGGCUGAGCGUUACGACGACAUGGCUUCGUCCAUGAAGGAGGUAACUGAGAAGGGGGCAGAGCUGUCGUGUGAGGAGAGAAAUCUUCUAUCGGUUGCCUACAAAAACGUUGUUGGGGCCCGGAGGUCCGCAUGGCGGGUCAUCUCCGCAAUCGAGCAGAAGACCGAGGGCAGCGACAAGAAGCUUCAGAUGGUGAAGGAGUACCGGAAUAAGGUGGAGACCGAGUUGCGAGACAUCUGCAACGACGUAUUGGGGCUGCUGAGCAAAUAUUUGAUUGAAAAUGCUCCCAAUGCGGAGAGCAAAGUGUUCUAUUUGAAGAUGAAGGGAGACUACUACAGAUACCUGGCUGAGGUGGCCUCCGGAGACGACAAGAAGGAGACAAUAUCCAACUCUCAAGACUCCUACCAGGAGGCGUUUGACAUCAGCAAGAAGGAGAUGCAGCCCACUCACCCCAUCCGCCUGGGCCUGGCCCUCAACUUCUCUGUCUUCUUCUACGAGAUUCUCAACUCCCCAGAGAAGGCCUGCUCACUGGCCAAACAGGCCUUUGAUGACGCCAUCGCUGAGCUCGACACGCUGAGCGAAGACUCGUACAAAGACAGCACCCUCAUCAUGCAGCUGCUGAGAGACAACCUCACACUAUGGACGUCUGAUAAUGCAGCAGAUGAGCCAGAGACUGGAGAGGAAGGAGAGAACUGAGAUGCUUCCUGUCCUUCCUCGCCAAGAAAAAAAA